CGUAUUUAGGUAGGGGCUAUGGGUCCCGUUGCCCAGAGCGGCAAAUUUUUAAAGAUUUAGAGGGGCGGCAAAUUUUUAUUUCGUACUUCAUAGUUUACACGCUGAUUUCAAUUAAUUAAUAUUUUUUCAGUAAAUAUUUACACAUCCCCCUCCCUGCUCACAUCAUAUUAUUUUUAUAAUAUCAGUACAACUUGCCUAUUUACAGUUUCACCAUGGCGCGGGGUCACCGCCCACCAGUGACCAAUUGAUUCAUAAUAAUAUUGUUACGGCGAUAAAUAUUAAAAAUAGAUGUUAAUAAUAAUAACCCAAUAUGACAUUAUAGGAUUAUACCGAUUAAAAUAGACGUCUAGAGCUCUAGACCAUGUAGGCAUAUCAGUAUCUCACGCACACAACGAUAGUUACUAUUUUACUAACAGCGAACUUAUUAAUAUCAAGCUAUUAAUAUUAUUGUUGUCUGUUAUCGAGUACCGACACAACUGAGAGCUGUAAACAAUAAACAGUGUAAACCGGAUUGCCUCGAAUAGUCGAAUCUCGGAGUGCCUUUGGUAGUUUGGUCUCAUAUAGAUCGUAUACGGUAUACCUAUUGUAGGCAAUUUAUUACCCACUAAAAAAAUUUCGUUAAAGUCAUGGGUCCUAUCCGAUCAAGACUUAGCGGAUCAGGAUAUAAGAGGAAGGCCGCAGUAAAGGCUGAAAAGUAUGCUUCUGUCAUAAAAAAAACAGCCAAAAUAAAUACAUUUUUUUCGCAAAGUGCGCAAUCCAACGCUAUCACAGAUUAUAAAAGAAAUACAAUUAUUGUAACUAAUAAUAUUGAUAAUGUGCCUAAUGUGGAUUUAAAUGAAAAACAUUACUCUGUUGAUUUGAAUGAAAGAAAUAACAUUAUUGAAACUAGUGAAAUUGAUACUGUUAAUUUUAAUGAAAAGUGUUGCUCUGUUGAUUCUGUUGAUUUGAAAGACAAUCAUGUUGACAAUAUUACCAGAAAUUUGAUAUCACCCAGUAAUGAUCCGGCAUACUGGUGUGUUGAUGAUACAACAAGAAAUUACAUAUCAGUCAAUGGAAUAUCUCAAAAUAUUGAAACUAUUAACUUCACCAAGUCAAAAAGAACAAGUAAAAAUGUUAUCCGUGGAGUUCUUAAAGUACAUUCACGAUAUUGCUCAUCAAAAUUAUUUUAUAUGGUCCUUCUUAAUGGUGAAAAAGUUAAGAGAAAUUACUUAGUGUACUCUGAAAGUACUGGGUCAUUAUUCUGUGCUCCAUGUAAAUUAUUUGGUUCGACAUCUAUGUUUUCAACUGUAGGAUUUAGUGAUUGGAAGCAUGCAGAGAAAAGAAUUACUUCACAUGAAAAUUCUCAAACUCACAAAACUAAUGUCUUAACUAUGAAAGAUAGAGGAAAAGUAGUUCAAAGAAUUGAUAGUGCUUUAAUAUCACAAAUAGAAAAGGAAAAAAACUACUGGAAAAAUGUAUUAAGGAGAGUUGUUGCUGUAGUCAAGACACUGUCAUCUAGAGGAUUAGCAUUUAGAGGCAAAACUGAUAAAUUUGGUUGUAAUCAAAAUGGUAAUUUUUUAAUGUCCUUGGAGCUAAUUGCCUUAUUUGACCCUUUUCUAGCUUCACAUAUAGAAAAAUUUGGCAACAAAGGAAAAGGCUUUACAUCCUAUUUAUCAUUUAAUAUUUUUGAACAGUUCAUAACUGUAAUGGCUGAUCAGGUUCUUGCAGUUAUAGUUGAAGAAAUUCAAAAAGCAAAAUACUUCUCAAUAAUAGUGGAUUCAACGCCAGACGUAUCGCAUGUUGAUCAGCUAUCAUUCGUGGUGCGGUAUGUUAAAAAUAACGGAACACCUAUUGAACGGUUUAUGUGAUUUUUGCCUAAUAGUGGACAUAAAUCUGAAGAACUUACUGAUGAAGUUAUGACUACAUUAUCUCUUUAUGAUCUGGAUCCAGCAUUUUUACGUGCACAAUCUUAUGAUAAUGCAAGUAAUAUGGCUGGGGCAUAUAGUGGCUUACAAGCCAGAAUUAAAGAAAUAAAUCCAUUAGCCAAUUUUGUCCCCUGUGCUGCUCAUUCCUUGAAUUUAGUUGGGACAUGUGCAGCCAGUGCCUGUCGUGAAGCUUGCGAAUUUUUUGAUAUUAUUCAAAAUAUAUACAACUUUUUUACAGCUUCCACGCAUAGAUGGUCUGAAUUAAAAGGAACCGUAAAAUGUCUUUCAGCAACCCGUUGGUCAGCCCGUGAUGAUGCUUGUCAUUCCUUAUCCAAAAAUUGGAAUAAUAUAGUACAUGCUCUACAGAAAAUUUCAAAUAAUAGAAAUGAAAAGCCUUCAACAAAAUGUGAAGCUGUUGGCUUACUUAAGAAACUCAACCGCCUUGAAACAGUAUUUAUGACAAUUUUUUGGACAAACAUUUUAGACCGUGUAAA